AAGUUGUGAUGACGCGCCGUUCCUCCGGAGGCCAGCAGGGCGGAGUUAAACAGGAGUUUUCUCACUGGCUGCACUUCGCGGAGAGUAGAUAUGUUUUCAGCCUGGCCGUCUGACCCUUUGUGAGGGUUAAAGUGCAUAUUUUCUUGUCUUUUGAUAGUGUUCGUAUCUCUUGACCCAGCGUCAAAAAUGGUGCUCUAUGACUGAUUUGGACCCCAUCUCCAUUCAAGCCACAAGGGCAUCAAUGCGUUUCCUGCUGCUCUUCAGUCGGCAAGGGCGUCUGCGUCUGCAGAAGUGGUACACGGCUAUAUCAGAGCGUGAGAAGAAGAAGAUUAUAAGGGAGAUGACAACCAUGGUCUUAGCAAGGCAACCGCGCACCUGCAACUUCAUUCAGUGGAAAGACAUGAAGAUUGUUUAUAAGAGGUAUGCAAGCUUGUAUUUCUGUUUGGGCGUGGAGCAUGAGGAGAAUGAGCUUUUAGCCCUGGAGAUUAUUCACCGCUAUGUAGAGCUGCUGGACAAAUACUUUGGCAACGUGUGUGAGUUGGACAUAAUCUUCAACUUUGAGAAAGCUUAUUUUAUCCUGGAUGAGUUUUUAAUGGGAGGAGAGAUCCAGGAAACCUCUAAACAGAUUGUGAAUCGAGCCAUUGAAUCCUCAGACAUGUUACAAGAGGAUGACCACAGUGAGUGGUAUGAGGUGGAGCUGUUUGGAUGACCUUGAAUAUGGACAGACAGACCAUGGAGGAGUAUAUGAGCAAACCUGCGUUUUAACUGUUGGGAAAGGAGGCUGUGAACUUCGUGGAGGACUCCACAACCUGGAUGUACUGUAAAUGGGUCAUGAAGUUUCUAAAAAUUAGCUUAAUUUAAUCUUUUUUCUUUUUUUUUUUAAACUUUGGAAUGCGCAGGAUUGUUUUUUGAACUCAUUUAUACUGAAUUUGAAUUAUAUUCCAAUAGACGCUAAGGCUUUAGUUCUUUUUUUUCUAGAAUUAGAAUUGUGAUUUGUUCAUAUUAAAAUCAUACCUUUAAUAUAUUGACAUUUUCACUCUUAAAAAAGUGUUUUUUUUCUAGUGUGCUAUUUUGACUUUCACUCUAUUAAAAUGUUUUUUCAAGUGUACUACUCAGAUGUUUCACUCAAAAAUUUUCAUUAUGCCGAAUUAUGAAAUAUUUUUUACAUUUUGUCAUCUAUAAACCGUACAACGUUUGAGAUUUUUGGCUGAUAUAUUGAGCACCUGUUAGUGUGAGUUUGUACAAUGCACAUUUUUGAUUAAAAUGUAUAUUUUGAUACAAAAAGUU